AUGGCGGCUGUCCGUGCGCUGUCGCUGUCGCUGCCGUCAGCGCCAGUGUCAGGCUCUGUCCGCCAGCAGCAGGACUCCUCUACCCCUUUCCAACCGCGCGGUGCGUUUCUCAAGUUCAAUGGCCUCAAGAGCACCGCCAGCCUCCCGUCGUCGAAGCAGUCCGUGCGAUCCCCUGCUAUGUCGCGCAAGGCCUCCAACGACCCCGUGCGACGCCUCGUGACGACGGCCGAGUUCUCUAAGGUUCCCCAGGAGCCCAUGGGCCUGUACGACCCUGCAUUGGACAGCGACGCCUGUGGUGUCGGCUUCGUUGCCGAGCUCUCCAAGAUCCCCACGCGCAAGACUGUGACUGACGCGCUCGAGAUGCUUAUCCGCAUGGCGCAUCGUGGUGCGUGCGGUUGCGAGGUCAACACGGGUGACGGCGCCGGUAUCAUGGUGGCUCUGCCGCACGACUUUUUCGUCAAGGUUGCCAAGGUGGAUGCUGGCGUGACUCUCCCGGCGCUGGGGGAGUACGGCGUGGGAAUGUGCUUCCUCCCCACGGACAAGAAGCGCAGGAACCGCGGCAAGGAGGCGUUCAACAAGGUGGCGGAGGAGAUGGGGUGCAAGGUGCUGGGGUGGCGGCGCGUGUUAACGGACAACGCGGAUCUGGGCAAGGCGGCGCUGGACACGGAGCCCAUCGUGGAGCAGGUCUUCCUGCUCGUCAACAAGGACUCGCACCUCGAGGCCGAGCAGCAGAUGUGGCUGCUGCGCCGCACUGCCAUGAAGGCCGUUCGUGAGGCGCUCAACCUCAAGGUCGGCGGCACCCGCGACUUCUACAUUUGCUCGCUCUCCACCAGGACGAUUGUCUACAAGGGGCAGCUGAAGCCGGAGCAGCUGCAGGGCUACUACCACGCCGACCUCGACGACGCUCGCUUCACCUCUUACAUGGGCCUCGUGCACUCGCGGUUCUCAACGAACACUUUCCCGAGCUGGGAGCGCGCGCAACCGAUGCGCAUUCUGGGGCACAACGGCGAGAUCAACACGCUGCAGGGCAACGUCAACUGGAUGCGCGCGCGCGAGGGGCUGAUGAAGUGCCCGGGGCUCGGCAUUUCCAAGGAGGAGCUGGACGCCGUGCUGCCCGUCAUCGACGCCAACUCGUCCGACUCGGGCGCGUUCGACGGCGUGCUCGAGAUGCUGGUGCGCGCCGGCCGCACGCUGCCCGAGGCGGUCAUGAUGAUGAUUCCCGAGGCGUGGCAGAACGACAAGAACAUGUACCCCGAGAAGAAGGCGCUCUAUGAGUACCUCUCCGCGCUCAUGGAGCCCUGGGACGGACCUGCUCUCAUCGCCUUUUCCGACGGCAAGUACGUGGGUGCGACUCUUGAUCGCAACGGUCUGCGUCCCGGCCGCUACUACGUGACGCACAGCGGCCGCGUCAUCAUGGCCAGCGAGGUGGGCGUCGUCGACGUGGACCCUGCUGACGUGGCGCGCAAGGGCCGCCUGAACCCCGGAAUGAUGCUAUUGGUGGACUUCGAGAAGCACGAGGUGGUGGACGACGAGGCGCUCAAGCGCCAGUACUCGAGCCAGCGCCCCUACGGCGAGUGGCUGGCCAAUCAGAAGCUGACGCUCGGCGACAUCGUCGCGUCCGUCCCGGAGGCGGACCGCGUGCCGCCGCCGAUCGAGGGGGCUACGGAAGUCGAUCCCUCCGCAGAUCAGACAAUGGAGACGAUGGGUAUCAACGGGCUGACGACGCCGCUGAAGGCGUUCGGGUACACGAUCGAGGCUCUGGAGAUGCUGCUGCUGCCCAUGGCACAGACGGGGUCCGAGGCGCUGGGAUCCAUGGGGAAUGACACGCCGCUCGCGUGCAUGUCCACGCGGCCGAAGCUCAUGUCGGAGUACUUCAAGCAGCUCUUCGCGCAGGUCACCAACCCCCCCAUUGAUCCCAUCCGCGAGGCGGUUGUCACGUCGACCGAGUGCAUGGUGGGUCCGGAGGGGGAUCUGACGGAGACGACUGAGGAGCAGGCGCACAGGCUGUCGCUCAAGGGCCCGCUGCUGACGCCGGAAGAGACGGAGGCGAUGAAGAAGAUGGACCACCGCGGGUGGCGCACGGCUGUGGUGGAUAUCACGUUCGCCAGGAGCGAGGGGCCGGACGGGCUGGAAAAGGCGCUGGAUCGGAUUUGUGCCGAGGCGAGCCUGGCGAUUGAGGCUGGAUACAAGAUGCUCGUGCUGUCCGACCGAGCCACAUCCCCGACCCGCGUGCCCGUGAGCGCGCUCCUGGCUGUGGGCGCGGUGCACCAGCACCUGGUGCGCACGCUGCAGCGCACGCGGAUCGGCAUCGUGGUGGAGUCGGGCGAGCCCCGCGAGGUGCACCACUUCUGCACGCUCGUGGGGUUCGGCGCCGACGCCAUCUCGCCCUACGUCGCCACCGAGGCCAUCUGGCGCCUGCAAGUUGACGGCAAGAUCCCGCCCAAGGCGGACGGGUCCCUCCGCACCAAGGACGAGCUCAUCCGCACGUACUUCAACGCGAGCAACGCCGGCAUGCUCAAGGUGCUGGCGAAGAUGGGCAUUUCCACGCUGGCUUCGUACAAGGGCGCGCAGAUCUUCGAAGCCUUGGGGUUGUCGAGCGAUGUGGUGGACCGGUGCUUCCGGGGCACGGCGAGCAGGAUUCAGGGCGUGUCGUUUGACGUGCUGGCGGCUGAUGCGAUCCGCAUGCACGACCAGGCGUUCCCGCUGGGAACCGAGAAGAACCUUGCGGAGGAUUCCGCGGACGCCAUUGCUGUGCCGAACCCUGGGGAUUACCAUUACAGGAAGGGUGGGGAAGUGCAUUUGAACGAUCCGGUGGCGAUCUCGCGGCUGCAGGAGGCCGCGCGGACGAAUAGCCCGGCGGCUUAUAAGGAGUAUGCGGCGAUUACGAACACGCUGAACCAGCAGUGCAACCUGCGCGGCAUGCUGAAGUUCAAGCCGGCGCCAGGUGGCGCGAUCACAUUGGAGGAGGUGGAGCCGGCGAGCGAGAUUGUGAAGCGGUUCUGCACGGGAGCCAUGAGCUACGGGUCUAUCUCUCUUGAGGCGCAUCAGAGCCUGGCGAUUGCUAUGAACACGAUUGGAGGGAAGUCGAACACGGGCGAGGGAGGCGAGAACCCGUCCCGGCUGGUCCCCAACCCGGACGGGAGUAACAAUAUCCUCAGGUCGUCUAUCAAGCAGAUUGCGAGCGGGCGGUUUGGCGUGUCGGCGUAUUACCUGACGAACGCGGAUGAGCUUCAGAUUAAGAUGGCUCAGGGCGCGAAGCCCGGGGAGGGAGGCGAGUUGCCCGGGCACAAGGUGAUUGGGGACAUUGCUGUGACGAGGAACAGCACGCCGGGAGUGGGGCUCAUCAGCCCGCCGCCCCACCACGACAUCUACUCCAUUGAAGAUCUGGCGCAGCUCAUUUACGAUCUCAAGAACUCCAACCCCGGUGCGCGUGUGAGCGUGAAGCUGGUGUCCAAGGCGGGCGUGGGAGUGAUUGCAAGCGGAGUAGUGAAGGGCCAUGCGGACCACGUGCUCAUCUCGGGCCACGACGGCGGCACCGGCGCGUCCCGUUGGACCGGCAUCAAGUCCGCCGGCCUCCCCUGGGAGCUCGGUAUCGCCGAGACCCACCAGACGCUCGUGGCCAAUGACCUGCGCGGCAGGACUGUGCUGCAGGCGGACGGGCAGAUGAAGACCGGAAAGGAUAUCACAGUUGCGGCGCUGCUUGGUGCUGAGGAGUUUGGGUUUUCGACCGCGCCGCUGAUUACCCUUGGGUGUAUUAUGAUGAGGAAGUGCCAUAAGAAUGUGUGCCCGGUCGGGAUUGCGACCCAGGACCCGGUGCUUCGCGCGAAGUUUUCCGGGCAGCCGGAGCACGUGAUCAACUAUUUCUUCAUGGUGGCGGAGGAGGCGCGCGAGUACAUGGCGCAGAUGGGCUUUAAGACCAUGGACGAAAUGAUCGGCCGCGCCGACAUGCUCGAGCAGGACAUGGACCUCUGCAACUCCAACCCCAAGCUGCAGAACAUUGACCUCUCCGUGCUGCUCACCCCCGCUGCCACCCUCCGCCCGGGUGCCGCCCAGCGGUGCGUGCAGAAGCAGGACCAUGCUCUCGAGCUGGCGCUCGACCAGAAGCUGAUUCAGCUCGCGCAGCCGGCGAUCGCGCAGAAGAUUCCGGUGUUUGCCGAGGUGCCGAUUGUGAAUGUGAACCGCGCCGUGGGGACCAUGCUGUCGCACGAGGUCACCAAGGUGCAUCGCCUGGAGGGGCUGCCUGCUGAUAUGAUCCACUUCAAGCUCACGGGCAGCGCUGGGCAGAGCUUCGGCGCGUUUACCUGCAAGGGGCUGACUCUGGAGCUGGAGGGGGAUAGCAAUGAUUAUGUGGGCAAGGGGCUGUCUGGCGGGAAGCUGAUUAUCUACCCGCCCGCCGCGUCGACGUUUGAUCCCAAGGAGAAUAUCAUCAUUGGGAAUGUGGCGCUGUAUGGUGCUACGUCUGGCGAGGCGUAUUUCUGCGGCAUGGCUGCGGAGCGGUUUGCAGUGAGGAAUUCUGGAGCUAGGGCGGUUGUUGAGGGUGUGGGGGAUCACGGGUGCGAGUACAUGACGGGCGGCACGGUGGUGAUUCUGGGCGGCACUGGGAAGAACUUCGCUGCGGGAAUGAGCGGCGGGACGGCGUACAUCCUCGACCGGGAGGGAGACUUCCACAAGAGAUGCAACACAGGGCUUGUCGACCUCGACCCUGUAGUGGAAGAGGCAGACGUGCUGCUGCUGCGCUCCAUGAUUCAGCAGCACCAGAGGUAUACCAAGAGCAAGCUGGCAGGCGAGGUGCUGGCGGAGUUUGAGGAGCUGCUGCCCAAGUUCGUGAAGGUGUUCCCGAGGGACUUUAAGAGGGUGCUGGAGGAGGAGCGGGUGAAGCGGGAGAAGGAGGCCGCGGCGCUCAAGGAGAAGGACGCGUUCGAGGAGCUCAAGAAGCUGGCGGCCGCGAGUGGAGGGGAGGUCAACGGGUCCGCUGCUGUGGCACCCCCCAAGCGCCCCACGCGCCUCCCUACGCCGGUCAAGUUUGGCGGUUUCAUGAAGUACGAGCGCGAGCCGCUGCCGUACCGCCCGGCCGAGGAGCGCCUCACCGACUGGGGCGAGGUUCUCGCCUCCGACCCCGGCCGCCCCGAGCUCCUCAAGACCCAGUCCGCCCGCUGCAUGGACUGCGGCACUCCCUUCUGUAACCAGGACAAGUCGGGGUGCCCGCUGGGGAACAAGAUUCCCGAGUUCAAUGAGUUGGUGUACCAGGGCCGGUGGAAGGAGGCGCUGGAUCGAUUGCUCGAGACGAAUAACUUCCCCGAGUUUACGGGGCGGGUGUGCCCCGCGCCGUGCGAGGGCGCGUGCGUGCUGGGGAUUAUUGAGAACCCCGUGUCGAUUAAGACCAUGGAGCUGAGUAUUAUUGACAAGGCGUAUGAGAUGGGGUGGAUGGUGCCCCGCCCGCCCGCCAAGAGGACCGGGAAGAAGGUGGCGGUGAUUGGCAGUGGCCCGGCCGGUCUAGCCGCAGCGGACCAGCUGAACAAGCGCGGGCACACGGUCACUGUCUACGAGCGGGCGGACCGCAUCGGCGGGCUGAUGAUGUACGGCGUGCCCAACAUGAAGACGGACAAGACCCACGUGGUGCAGCGCCGCGUGGACCUCAUGGCCGCCGAGGGCAUCACCUUUGUCACCAACGCACACGCGGGGGUCGACGAGCAGUACAGCCUGGAUAAGCUCAGAGCAGAUAAUGAUGCCAUGCUGCUUGCCUGCGGGUCGACCAAGCCAAGGGAUCUGCCCGUCCCCGGGCGCGAGCUCAAGGGCGUGCAUUUCGCCAUGGAUUUCCUCGCGGCGAACACCAAGUCGCUGCUGGACAGCGGGCUCAAGGACGGGAGGUUUAUCUCGGCGGAGGGCAAGAAGGUGGUCGUGAUUGGUGGAGGUGACACGGGCACGGACUGCAUUGGCACGAGUCUGAGGCACGGGUGCGAGUCGCUGGUGAAUCUGGAGCUGCUGCCGCAGCCGCCGCCGUCCCGCGCCGAUGGCAACCCCUGGCCGCAGUGGCCGCGUAUCUUCCGGGUGGACUAUGGCCACGAGGAGGCCAAGACCAAGUUCGGAUCCGACCCGCGGUCGUACGAGGUGCUGACGAAGCGGUUCAUCGGGAACGAUGCGGGCGAGCUGACGGGCAUCGAGACGGUGCGCGUGCAGUGGGCCAAGGACGCUUCUGGAAGGUUCCAGAUGAGCGAGGUGGCGGGGUCCGAGGAGGUGAUCCCCGUCGACCUCGCUCUGCUCGCCAUGGGCUUCCUGGGCCCGGAGCAGAAUGUGGCGGAGAAGCUGGGGCUGAAGACGGACGCGAGGAGCAACUUCCAGGCGGACUACGGGCAGUUCGCCACCAAUCUGGAGGGCGUCUUUGCUGCCGGCGACUGCCGCCGCGGACAGUCUCUGGUGGUGUGGGCUAUUGCGGAGGGCCGUGGCGCAGCGGCGAACAUCGACGCAUAUGUGAUGCGUGGAGAGGAGGUGGACAUGGCACCGCAGGAGAGGGAGCUCGUGGAGGUGGCUGCCAGGACUGUUGCUGCUGUGGACGCUGCUGAGCGGAGCGCUGCCACCAAUGGCAGUGCCACUAACGGGAGUGCCACUAAUGGAAGUGCUACAAAUGGGAGUGCCACGAAGGGGAGAGCGUUCCCGGAGGGCGUGGAGCAGGCACGGGUGGAAGCGGUUGAUGCGUGUCUGAUGGUAGAGGGAGAGGACGAUACGGAGCACAUUGAGGCGUGUGUGGAGAAGAGUGUUGAGGCUGCUGCCUUGGGAGACGGCACCCCUGUUGCCUCUGCUUGCCCCCUCGUGCCUCUGCUUGCCCCCUCGUGCCUCUGCUUGCCCCCUCGUGCCUCUGCUUGCCCCCUCGUGCCUCUGCUUGCCCCCUCGUGCCUCUUCUUGCCCCCUCGUGCCUCUUCUUGCCCCCUCGUGCCUCUUCUUGCUCCCUCUUGCCCCCUCUUGCCCCUGCUUGCCCCCUCUUGCCCCUGCUUGCCCCCUCUUGCCCCUGCUUGCCCCUUCUUGCCCCUGCUUGCCCCCUCUUGCCCCUGCUUGCCCCCACUUGCCCAGUCCCCAUGUGUAUCUGUGCCUCCCCAUGCACCCCCAUGCCUGCCUCCCCCCAUGCGCCUCCCUUUCACAUCCAACGCCUCACAGGUCAUCAUAGACGUGCGGGGCAACAGCGGCGGCUCCGUGCAAGCAGCAGCAUUCACAGCCAUCCGCCUGCUCAUGCGUCCGCAUUUCCGCAUAUCCAACGCCACACAGAUCAUCAUAGACGUGCGGGGCAACAGUGGCAGCUCCGUGCAAGCAGCAUACACAGCAGUGCGCCUACUAAUGGGGGCAGCCAAGGUCCCAGACUCCCAGUUCACCCUCCCCUUGGAUUUCGUCAUCGGCACGCCGUACACAGAGAAGGCCAUGGGUGUGCUUUCUGUCGACAACACCACGGCGCCGCACUACUACCAAGGGCUGUACACCGAUCUGAACGGCACCGAGCUUUCGAGCGUCUUUGACUACGCGCCUUUCCGCGAGCUCCGCUUCACAGAGGCCGGCCGUGCCGGGAAUUACUCGGCGCCGUUCAAGUUUGAUUACAGGAAGCAGCUUCCCGUGACGCAGAAAGAGCCGGUGUUUGGCGACCGCCCCUUCGUGGUCCUGUCGGACGGAAACUGCUACUCUGCGUGUGCCGUCCUCACGCACGUCCUGGGGAAACGCCACAAAGUACCCAUGGUAGCCGUGGGUGGUUUGCCCAACCAGCCCCCCGAUGUGAGCUCCUCGUGCCUCGGGUUUACCCUGACUGACUACUUUGCGAUGGCUGAAGGUCUGUACAAACUCGCUGCCACGGACCCACAGAAGGGGUCGAUGCCUCUCAAGGUGCAAGGGGUGCUUACCAUGGCGUUUACCAAUGCCUACGUGGAUUCGGAGAUUCCGUGCGAGUUUGAGUUUCUGCCCAGCCAGCAUCACAUCAACUACACCGUUGAUCUCAUUGACAAGCCCUGGGCCAUGUGGACUGAGGUGGCCAAACUCUUUGCCUCCGCUGCUGCCUAG